AUGUCUCCACCAAGCUUCGUUGAUCUCGGAAAGGCUGCCCGUGAUGUGUUCGGAAAGGGAUACAGUAAGUUUUGUCCUUGUUUUUGUUUGUUUUUAGGAUUUUGUCGGUAGGGAGGAGUGAUUUGGGUUGUAAUAUUGGUUUUGUCGGUUGAUAUGGUGUCAUAAUUCUAAUUUAUGAGUUUUUUUUUCACCUAAUAUUUUAAAGUGUUUGUACGUUGUUUUAAAAAUUAUCUUCUUCAGACCACGGCCUCGUGAAGCUCGAUACCACCACCCGCGGCAACGACGCCGGAACCGUCGAAUUCAAAACUAACGCUACUCACAACCUGACCUCGGAGCAAUUGGCCGGUAAUGUUGACAUCAAAUUCAAGGUCCCAGAACGCGGCAUCACCGUCACCGAGAAGUUGCACACCGCCGGAACUUUGGGAACCGUCGUCGAAAUCAAUGAUCAAUUCGCCCGCAACUUGAAGGUCACUUUGGACUCGCUCUACACUCCCAACACUGGAAAGCGCGACGCCACCUUGAAGACCGAGUGGUUCAACGAUGCCGCUAGAGUAAGUUGAUUAAUGAUAAUACGUUAAUGUAAAUUGUCAUAAUAGUUUUAUAAAACAUUCUUUUACUUUUUUUAUUUUUAAGUCAAGUUUUGUUACCUAAUUUUUGCUCUUUUUAGUUGAACAUCAACCUCUCUUUGAUCGGAGGUCCAGUCGCCCUUAUCUCCGGAGUCGUUGGCCAAAACGGAUGGUUGGCUGGAGCCCAAGGACGCUUCGACAUCUCUACCAACGAGCUGAAGAACACAUCGGUCGCUUUCGGCUACACCACCCCCGCCUACACCAUCCACUCCUUCUGCAACGACGGUAAGGAGUUUGGAGGAUCCGUCUACCACAAGGUCCACAAGAACGUCGAGCUCGGCACCCAACUCGGCUGGACCAACGGCGAGGAUAAGAUCCGCUACGCUCUCGGCUCUACCUACAAGAUCAGCCCUGAACUUUUGCUCCGCGCUAAGGUCGACAACAAGGCCGUCGUCGGUCUUUCGGCCACCCACACUCUCGGCCCUAAUGUCAAGGCCUCUUUGUCCACGCAAUUCGGCCUCACCGCUGCUAACUCACAGAACAAACUCGGUGUCGGAAUCGAAUACACCCCUUAA